UGAGAAGAUCCAACGUUUGGAAAAUCAUCUUCGCGUUGUGGACGCGUACACGUGGCUUCAUCCACCCCGUCCAUUCUCUAAAUUUUUCUCUCUUUCUUCGCUGUUUCCCUUCCCUCCUCCGACUUUCUCAAAUAGCGCCAUCUCCGUACUCUUCGCUCCGCCUUUCUAGGGUUCCAAAUUCUCAAAUCAAUCCCCACAUAGAUCGCUUCCUUCCCCUCUGAAACCUCGCAAUCCUUUAUCUUUCAGUCGAAUUUCAGACAACCAAGCGCCAUGAGGCUAUCUUGCUUGCCGACCUGCCUCGGAUUUGAUACCAAGAAGGUCUCUUUUGAUCAAAUCCCGGUGGUUUCCGAUCAAGAUGAGGAGCCGCGGAUUCCCAAGGAGGCGAGGAAGGUACUGCACCGGCUGGCGGCCGAGUGGGCUGACGUUGAGGAUUGCCGCGCGCUGGAGGUGAUGCAACUCAAGGGGGCCAUGACUAACGAGGUCUACCAGAUCCGGUGGCCAAGCUCCGUUGGAGGAAACGUGCGCAAGGUCCUAGUUAGGGUGUAUGGUGAGGGGGUUGAGGUUUUCUUCAACCGGGAUGAUGAGAUCCAGACCUUCGAGUGUAUGUCCAAACACGGCCAGGGUCCUCGCCUUCUCGGCCGCUUCCCUAACGGCCGCGUCGAGGAGUUUAUCCACGCUAGGACGCUUUCAGCUGCAGACUUGCGUGACCCGGAAAUAUCUGCACUAGUUGCUUCAAAACUCAGAGAGUUCCAUGAUCUAAACAUGCCUGGCAUAAAGACUGUAGUUUUGUGGGACAGAUUAAGAAAUUGGCUCAAAGCUGCUCGUAGUAUGUGUUCAUCUGAAGAAGUAAAAGAGUUUUGUUUGGAUACAAUGGAGGAGGAGAUAACCUCCUUGGAAAGUCAUUUAUCAGGAGAAGAUCCAAUUAUAGGAUUUUGCCACAAUGAUCUUCAAUAUGGAAACAUUAUGAUGGACGAGGAUACUAGAUCAGUGACCAUAAUUGAUUAUGAAUAUGCAAGUUUUAACCCAGUGGCUUAUGAUCUCGCUAAUCACUUCUGUGAAAUGGCUGCUGACUAUCAUACUGAAACACCACACAUCUUGGAUUUCAAUAAAUAUCCAGAUUUUGAGGAGCGCAAAAAAUUUGUAGUGAACUAUUUGAGCUCUUCAGGUGAAAAACUGGAUAAUGUGAAAGUUGAAAAACUGGUCGAGAGUAUUGAAAAGUACGCACUAGCAAGCCAUCUUGUUUGGGGUCUCUGGGGAAUCAUUUCGGAUCAUGUAAAUGAGAUAGAUUUUGACUACAUGGAGUAUGCAAGACAGAGGUUUCAACAAUACUGGUUCAUGAAGGAGACAGCAUUUCCACAAACUGAAUGAAGAUAAGAUGAGGCCUUGGUUGUCUUUUGCCAUUGUAUCUUCUACGCCCUAUUAUUAACAAGUUUCUGUAAAUAUGCAGCGCAUGUUAAUUAUGUUGUAUAUUCAACGUGUCAAAUUUAAGCUAGCAAAUUUUUAAUGAACGUUGAAUAUAGAGCUCUUUUGACUUAAGUUUGUCACGUUGUUGUGAUAAUAAUAAAAGCGGUUCUCUUGGUUGUAGGAAGCUGUUUAAGAA